AUGUCUCAAAAACAACCACCUCUAUCUACAAUUAAGUACUCACAAGGGAUAAAAGGGAGAGAAAGGAUAAAUAAUGAUCACAAAAGUGGAAGUGUUCAAAGUCAAGGUGCUAGUACUGUAACAAAACCUGUUUCACCGAGAGUGAAUACGCAUACUGGUAAAACGAUUAGGACGCAAGAAAUGAAACAAAAGAUUGUUUUCAAAUCUGUUCUCGAUUCUCCGCCCGAUGUUUCAAUUAAAGAUCAAAAUGAAAUCUUGGAUGCCCUUUGCGAAACUUUAUCAGUGAUAGGAGAAUAUAACAGGGCUGUAAAGAGUCAAAAAAGAAAAUCUAAUAAUAACCUUAAUAAUGUGGUCGAGGUUGAACUUGAUGAUACUAACGUUGAUGCAUCAAUAAUUAAAAAGCGAUCACUAAUACCGCCACCAAUUCUUUCUAAUAUAUAUUUUGGUCUUAACGAAGUAACAAAACAUCUCGAACGAAUGACAAAUCCACAAAUUCGUUCAAGAUUUAACCAUAAAAAUCAUUUAUCUAAUGAUAAUUUGGCAGAUCUUCCUCCACAAUUUUAUUCUCAUUUUCCAACAAUUUGUUGUAUAGCUGGUGGUGUUUUACUUGUUCCAUUACCAUUAGGAGCUUCAAAAAGAAUUUCUGAAGCAGUGAAUUUUAAGAGAGUUUCAUGCAUUGGUGUAAAGGCAAAUUCAUUAGAAUUCAUAAGAAUUUAUAAAAUGGUUAGGGAUAAAGUUAAACCCAUAGAUGUAUCUUGGUUAAAUCCACUUAAACCAUCAGAAAAUUUGUUAAAGAAACGAAAAAUUACUGAAGAUGAUGAGGAAUUGGAAAAAGAAACAACUUCUUCAUCACUAUCCAGUAAUAUGAUUAAACAAAAAGUGGAGGUUGAAAUUGCUACUUCUAUACAUACAACAAAAUCACCAUCCAUUUUCUUUUUUAAACAACAACCAAAAGUUAAAAUUGAAUCUACUUCAACACAAUCAAUUGAUGUUAAAUAA